CAGCAGAGAGGUUGGAGAGCAUCUUGCUCUCGGACUAGAUAACACUUGCACUUCCCACUAUUGAAUGAGAAGUUGGGAAAUCAACUGGUGAGGAGGGGAAAAAAGGACACACGCUCCUUUUUUCAUGAGGCACUUUGAGAGAGAUUCGGGGCGUUUUUCACCUCAGAUAUUUCUCAAUGAAACUCAUGUGGACUCCGCAGGAGCUGGGGUAUGGCUUUGAGGAGUGAGUACGGAGUCUGAACACAUUUGACUGGACUUGUUAUACGCUUCUUUGUAGAUCCACAGCUUCAGUAUGGUUUUAUGGGUUUAUCCAGGACUCCUGCUGCUCUGUGUGAUAGCCUUUAGGGUGUGGGACACUGAGACCAAACCCAUACGAUUUGUGUGCAACAGAGCAGCCAGGAAGGGGUUGAAUAUUGUGCCAGAGAUGGAAACUGCACUGUCUGUCUGUCUGUCGGUCUGUCUGCAUGGCUUCUGGCACCAACCUCUUGUAUUUCAGAAUGACUGUAUUGGUUUGAUGACGCUCUCCACACCAGCUCAGCUGCCCUGCACCGAGCUGCACUUAGCAACUUGGGAAAACAAAUCAGAGCAGGAGAAAAGAGGGGACAUUGUUGCAUCACUGAAUCUUCUUAUUGCGGGUGUUAAGACUGUAAGGAUCUUAACAGAAGGAGACUGUGAAAUGCUAUUGCAAAGCCUGGAGAACAACAUCAAUAACUACCUGCUCAUACUCACCAACCUUCAGCUGAGUGGGCCAGUGCUUCCUCCGUCACUGUCCUGUGUUCCUCAAAGCUCUCUGAACCUGAGCACAGUAUUGCAGAGCUACAACCAGCUGAUCUCAGGCAAACUGGAGCGCUUCAUUGUUAACUUGGAAUACAGAUGCACUUAACAGGGACACAGGAGCAAUUCUUCAUUGCUAUUGGAGCCGCAAAGCAAGGAAAGGAGAUGUUUGUGAAGACAGAACAGUAGCAAGAAUCUGGAGUACUUCCUAACCUUUUGUGAUCCUCAUCUGUGGAAACUGCUUCUGUACAGUGGGAUAAGUCGGCCCAAACAAAACUGGAUAUAUACAGCCAAACCAAGGCAGUGAAAAAAGAGGGGGAAAUGCAAAAAAAGAAAUAUAUUUUUGCAAUAAUGAAGAUUACAGUUAAACUGACUGGUUGUAUAGGAGCAUUGUCUGGGGCGGGUGUUUAGUGGGAUAAGACCUGGAUGGUGUUUUCCAAAGAGUGAAAAAUGUUUCAUCACAGGUUAAAGGGGAUCCCUACGAACAACUUGGUACUGAUUCCCCUUCAAUCCAAAUCUGGACCAAAACCAAGCAAGUAAAAUGUCCUUCCAAAGACCAUAACAGAGCCAUUAGUGCAUUCAUGAUCAUGUGCAAGGAGCCAGGUCUUCCCUUUAAUUUAUGUCCGUCGCUUUUUAAUGUAUCUUGCACGUAUUUUACACAAGUCUCCCCAUAUGAUACUGACAACAUCCUAAUUCAUCCUCUACACAGUUAAGUUAGAGUUUAACUCAACCAUGUAGCUAGAAUUAAGAUAUCUUGGUUUUAUAGAUUCAAGUUUUCAUGCCAGACUUGUUUUUCUCUUAUAAAGAAAGAUCUGUAAAAUGAGAAACAUGAAUAUCUGUAAUAUCAUUGUGUUAACGCUGCUUGUACAUCCUUGAACAUGAGUUAAAUUUAAGCAAUAUGUAUUUACAAAAUAGACUAAAUUAAGUUUAUAUGCCUCCUCCUUUGCAAUUUUUUUCAUUAGAAAUUUAAACGGUAAAUGUG